GGUGGGGCUGCCGGGAGAGCGCGGCGGGACAAUUGAGCGCGAAGGCGGCACCGACGGCGGGAGCGCAGAGCAGUACAGCUAAAUAUGAGGCGAUCUGCAGCUCCAAGUCAAGUCCUAGGAAAUGCAGGCAAAAAGCCAAGGUUUAUACCACCAGGAAAAUGUCUUGCUGUUUGUCUCAAGAAUGAAACUGAGGAGAUGGACCGAGAAAUUAAGUUAAAGGAGAUAGAUGAGAAAGAGGGAGGUGCUUCAUUGCUGUCUAAAAUAGAUGUCCAGAAUCAAAAUGAAAAUAUUACACAGUCUGUGGAGUCAACUGGAAGAGUAAAGACAAAAGCAUGUUUCAGCAUUGACAGGUGUAGCAAGGCAGAAAUGAAAAUGCUAAAUGUGCCCAAAGCUGAUGCACUGUAUUUGCCAACAUCAGGGACUGCAAAGGAAGAAGCAGUUCAGGAACCACCUGACUGCCUUGUGAAAUAUUUCAGUGUCGUGUGGUGUAAGGCAUCAAAGAAAAAGCACAAGAAGUGGGAAGGCGAUGCUAUUCUUAUUACAAAAGGAAAGUCAGUAAUAUUGAAAGAUAUGGAAGGCAAAGACAUUGCCAGAGGUACUGGAUAUAAAGCUAAAGAGCUAGACAGUCUUGAUGAAGGUCAAACACUGAUGGUUGGCGGAAAAGAAAUUGAAGUGAUGGGUGUAAUUUCAGCAGAUGAUUUCAGCAGUGGCAGGUGUUUUCAGGCUGGAAUAGGGACUCAUGACAUAAAUUCGACUUCUCAGACUAAUACAAAACCAUUCUGUAAACCAUUCAAAAAUGUUUGUCAACCCAGUACUAAAGAGAAUAUGCUCAAAGAUUUUCAAAGCUGCAAACCUCGCCAUGAUCCAAAUGCUUCAAAUUCUCUAGUUAUGCCACGACCAAAUGCAAGUCAUCAGUGGAUGUUCAAUAAGGCUGGUUUGCCCGUGGUGGAUGUAGUUGUAGAUCCCUACAUUGCAAAUAAUCUCCGCCCACAUCAGAAAGAAGGAACUAUAUUUCUAUAUGAAUGUGUAAUGGGAAUGAGAGUUAGUGGCAGAUUUGGAGCUAUUCUUGCUGAUGAGAUGGGCUUAGGAAAAACCCUGCAAUGCAUUGCACUUGUCUGGACACUUCUGCGUCAAGGGCCCUAUGGAUGCAGACCUGUACUAAAGAGAGCUCUAGUAGUCACCCCUGGGAGUCUGGUGAAAAACUGGAAAAAAGAAUUUCAGAAAUGGUUGGGAAGUGAAAGGAUCAAAGUCUUUACAGUUGAUCAGGACCACAAAGUAGAAGAAUUCAUUGGUUCUCCACUUUAUUCAGUUAUGAUAAUCAGUUACGAGAUGCUGUUGCGAUCAUUGGAUCAAAUUCAGGCUGUAGAAUUUAACCUCCUAAUCUGUGAUGAAGGACAUCGUCUGAAAAAUAGCACUAUUAAGACAACUACAGCCCUUACUAGUCUGUCUUGUGAGAGGAGAAUUAUCCUUACUGGUACUCCAAUCCAAAAUGACUUGCAAGAAUUUUAUGCAUUAAUAGAGUUUGUGAAUCCAGGAAUACUUGGUUCUUUAUCCACGUAUAGAAAGAUAUAUGAGGAACCAAUUGUCAGAUCGAGAGAGCCUUCAGCAACAGAGGAGGAAAAGGAAUUAGGAGAAAAAAGAGCAGCAGAACUCACACGUCUCACUGGACUCUUUAUUCUAAGAAGAACACAGGAAGUUAUAAACAAAUUUCUGCCCCCCAAAAAGGAGAGCAUAAUUUUCUGCCAACCAACCGUUCUGCAACUUGAAUUGUAUCGAAAACUGCUUAGUUCUCGUGUUAUUACAUCCUGUCUACAAGGCAGGCUGGAAAAUAGUCCACACCUAGUAUGUAUAGGAGCUUUGAAAAAGCUUUGCAAUCAUCCAUGUCUUCUGUUUAAAGCUAUAAAGGAAAAAAGCUGUGAUCCUGUGACUGAGGACUGUGAUGAGUCCAGCCUCUAUGAAGGUGUAAUAGAUGUCUUCCCACAAGAUUAUACAUCAGACACUUUCUCUGAAACUGAUUCAGGAAAAUUGCAGGUGCUGGUAAAGUUGUUAGCAGCAAUCCAUGAGCUCAACUCUUCUGAAAGAGUCGUGUUGGUAUCCAAUUACACUCAGACAUUAAACGUAUUACAAGACGUAUGCAAACAUUAUGGAUACUCCUAUGCUAGACUUGAUGGACAGACUCCUGUCUCCCAGAGACAACAUAUUGUUGAUACUUUCAAUAGUAAAUUCAGCCCAGCUUUUAUCUUUUUGCUGAGUUCAAAGGCUGGUGGAGUGGGACUGAACCUGGUUGGAGCAUCUCAUUUGAUCCUGUAUGAUAUUGACUGGAAUCCAGCUACAGAUAUUCAGGCAAUGGCUAGAGUGUGGAGAGAUGGUCAGAAACAUGCUGUCCAUAUCUACAGGCUGCUAACCACAGGCUCAAUAGAAGAAAAGAUUUAUCAAAGACAGAUCAGCAAACAAGACCUUUCUGGGGCAGUUGUAGACCUUUCCAAGACAUCUGAACACACACAUUUUUCUAUUGAGGAGCUUAAAAAUCUCUUUACUCUGCAUGAAGAUUCCAGCUGUGUUACUCAUGACUUGCUUGAGUGUGACUGUAUGGAUAUGGGAAAGAUUGACCAUCAAAAUACUUCCUCAGAAAAGCCUCCCAUAUCUAGAAGCUGCCAGCUUGAACAAAACCAUGGGAAACCUAAUUCAAAGAAACCACUUUCCAUGUCACAGUUGAUGCAAUGGAAGCAUUUCACUGCACAGCAUCAGACUCUUGCUGAUCCUUUCCUUGAAAGGAUAAAAGAGAAUGUUUCUUUCAUUUUCCAGAAUGUAACCAAUCCUUCUUCCCCACCUAAUAAAACUUGAGUGUCUUUUUCUGCAUCCUCCCUGUCAUAGGCCUUGUUAACAACUGAUGUGCACUUACCUAUUGCUCUUUUUGCCCAGUUCUGUUUUGUGUGUUUCUCGUGAAGUUUCUGGGCAAAUGUGGUUCCCUGUGUUUAUACGAAGUUACAGUUAUUAGUAAGUUAGUCAUACUUGCUGUAAUUAUAAUACAGACUUUUAAAAACUAACUUUGCUUUCCAGUAUUCUGUUCCUUUGUUAUAAUAAUUAAUAAGAUUGUUUUUAUGCACAUUCCUACUGUAACUCUACUUUGGUUUAUAGUUUUCAUUUUAUCAUAAGGAUUUGUUGCUUGUAAAGCUGGCAUCUCUUCAGCCAAAUUUUAUAAAUUAGGCAAUGCUACAUACAUGUAUAUGCUGUUAACAAGACUCUGGUUGGAUUUUUGUUAUAACAAUGUUAUAUGUCUGUAUAAAUACAGCUUUAUAAUGAGGUAGAUUUCUUUUUGCAUUGAAAUUACAAUUUAAUGAACUUCAGAGCAGUAGUCACUAAUGUUCAAAAAUCUGAGGGCAUGGCUUGUUACUGUGUCA